GGGACCAUUGUCAGAUUCCAACUUCAGCAGGGCCAGCAUGGAAAAAUCAUUUGCAAAGCUAUUGCGUACGUCCAAGCUUGCGUCGUUCGACUCUGCUAUUCCUCAAGUUUACUCCACAAAAAACUGCUGGAAGAAGAGGGGUGAUUGGGGUCUCAAGCGCAGCCUGCCCACCGUCAUUCGCACCAAACUCAUCACUGUAGGCGCAUUAGACACAGCCGAGCAUCAAACUCCUUGGGACUCUGCCAAUUCCUCCGUCAAUUUCGUCCGUGUAUGGAAGGAGAACUUCCCCAACUCGACCGCCCCCAAGCCCCAGCCAGAGGUUGUCCUCAAGGAUCUUGGUUCCAUGACCGAGGAACAAUUCAAGCUUCUUUUGAAGAAAUCAGGCAAGCGUUCCGAAGAAUACAUUCAGUUGGUCAAGGACGAAAAACUUUCAAAGAACCAGCUUCUCGAAUAUUUGGGUGUCACUGCCUCGCCCACCGCUCAACGAUCGCAAUCCAUUGUCGGUCCUACCUACUCUGAUCACCAAGUGGAAUACGGGUAUCCUGUUGAAGGUCGUAUCGUCAACAUGGAUGGUGCUAUGAAGUACGUUGUUGGUGUUUCUGGAAUUACCGCAACACUUCCCGUCAAGAAUACCGGACGACCACCUAUUGAUAAGGAAGUUCGCACUUUCUACGUCAACCACGCUUCCAUUGAAGCGGAUGGCAGUCCCAACGUUACGCUCAGCAGCGUCAAGCCAGGCGAAGAACCUAUUUACAUCAACAAGGAUGAGAAGGAUUACCUUGGAUACUCAGAGAGUGAUGAGGGUGGUGAAGUUGCCCUUCAGGAUAUGUUCAAAACCACCCCCUCUCCCAAUGCUAAACAGUCUGCUAAGGCUAACAACAUGAGAGCUGCCGAUUCAUUAUCUGCGAAGACACCUUUGGGCAAAACACACCCUCUGCUCAUGUCUAGAAUUUUGACCUUGAUGCAGAAGUCUCAGCCCAAGGACGAAGAGCCAGAAAUGCCUAGCAACAAAAAGAAAUAAUGAUUGGGUUCGCUUCUUCUUUCCCCAUCACCCCAUUGUAAUUGUAGUCAUAUAUUCUUUGUUUGCCAUACAGCACCCAAAUCCCCCCAUAAAAGUUUUAUAGAAGUUUUACAGCUAAAAAAAAAGAUAUAAAUCGCACAGACAUUGUACCAGAAAAA